UUAGAGGCGAAAAACAAGAAAAAAAAAUAUUGUGAACCAAUGGACUGCAGACAUAGUACAGGGGAUGACCAGAGACUGCGGACACAGUACAGGGGGUGGCCAGAGACUGCGGACACAAUACAGGAGAUGACCAGAGACUGCGGACACAGUACAGGAGAUGGCCAGAGACUGCGGAGUACAGGGGAUGACCAGAGACUGCGGACACAGUACAGGAGAUGACCAGAGACUGCGGACACAGUACAGGGGAUGACCAGAGACUGCGGACAUAGUACAGGAGAUGACCAGAGACUGCAGACACAGUACAGGAGAUGGCCAGAGACUGCGGACACAGUACAGGGGAUGACCAGAGACUGCGGACAUAGUACAGGAGAUGACCAGAGACUGCAGACACAGUACAGGAGAUGGCCAGAAACUGCGGACACAGUACAGGAGAUGACCAGAGACUGCGGACACAGUACAGGAAAUGACCAGAGACUGCGGACAUAGUACAGGGAAUGACCAGAGACUGCGGACACAGUGCAGGGAAUGACCA